AGAAAGCGGAGCUGGACCCCGCCCCGUCCUGCUGCUGUGCUCCUCCGCUGUGCGUGCGAGAGACGUCGGGGGCGGCGCCGCAGCAGUUGCCCCUGGUAACGGGGGAGGCCGCCGGAGGAGGAGGAGGAGGAGGAGGGACUCGACGGGAGGAUGGGCUUACUCUCAAUUUUGCGUAAAUUGAAAAGUGCACCAGACCAGGAGGUGAGAAUCCUUCUCCUGGGCUUGGAUAAUGCUGGCAAGACUACUCUGCUGAAGCAGCUUGCAUCUGAAGAUAUCAGCCACAUCACACCUACACAGGGUUUUAACAUCAAAAGUGUGCAAUCACAAGGUUUUAAACUGAAUGUCUGGGACAUUGGUGGACAGAGGAAAAUCAGACCAUACUGGAGGAAUUAUUUUGAAAAUACCGAUAUUCUCAUAUAUGUAAUUGACAGCGCAGACAGAAAAAGAUUUGAAGAGACGGGUCAGGAACUGGCUGAAUUACUGGAGGAAGAAAAGCUAAGUUGUGUGCCAGUGCUCAUCUUUGCUAAUAAGCAGGAUUUGCUCACAGCAGCCCCUGCCUCUGAAAUUGCAGAAGGACUGAACCUGCACACCAUCCGUGACCGAGUCUGGCAGAUCCAGUCUUGCUCAGCUCUCACAGGAGAGGGCAUUCAGGACGGCAUGAACUGGGUCUGCAAAAAUGUCAAUGCAAAGAAGAAAUAAAAUCUAGACGGAUGGAGAUGCAGGAGCUGCGGGAGCUGAAUUCUGCCCUGAAAAACACUAAUUUGCUGCUUUCUGACCAAAUGUUUUUCCAUCUGUGUACAGCUACAGCUGUUUGAAGAGAGGGAACAACACAGUUUAAAAAGAAUCCCCAUUCCAGCAGUAGAUUUAACUGAUCUCUGAGGUUCAGGAUCAUUUUUCAAAUAAAGGAAUUAUAUUAUUUCCUCUGCAUAA